ACAUCGGAACAAUCGUUAUCGCUUGAGGAGGAGGAAGGAGGAGGCAACUUGUGGAUUGAAAAAACACCGACGCCGCCAGAGUUUGAAAAUAAACAAUUAAUUAAAUAAUAAAUACGAAGAUAUGUUGGAGGAGUUGCGUGAGGCAAAGGUACUGGCCAAUGUGACCAGUGCUGAUGUGGGCCCAGAGGCGAAGGAAUACAAUUUACUACGCGCCGACGAAGAAUAUCGCAAUGGCAAUGUGGAUCACUCGAUUUACUACCAGGUUAAAGCCCAGUUCCAUUCCACCGACAUGCGAUAUAUUACCGAAGCGGAGGAACUGGAGAAACUACGACCCACAACGGAGGAGCUGAUAAGGUCAGCCUCUAACCAGGAAAAAGUGGACUACAAAAGCAACAAACUCUGGCAGAGCAUCCUCAAGCGUCUCCAGGAAGUGGAGCAGCAGAAACCUCCUGAGCAGCCCACCAAAGACGCCUUGGAGUACAUGGACUUUCUGGAGGACGUACGGAAUGCCACUGAGGGUUUAACCCGCAUCUCGGAUAUAUGUAAUGCUAUGCCCAACGAAUGGUGUAUCCUGCACCUCUGCAAGGGCUUCAAUCCCGCCACCACCUACUCUGUGUUCAAUGAGAUAAUGGCCAGCAAUGGAGCCAUUUAUCUCAGCCUGCUGCGUCACUGUAGAAGUCCCCAAUUGGGACCAAUUUGCCUGAGAUUUGCUGGCGACAAGCUGGCCAAUCUCUUCCGGGAAUACAGCACUAUGGUGCAGAGAUUCAAGCGAGUGGUCUUUGUGGAUCCACUCAAUGUGAAGAGCAGAGAGGUUAAGCAAAAGUAUUGGGAGGAGCUGAAAGUUUUUGAAUCCUAUUUGCAAAAACUCCACGCCAACUUGCGGGACAUAUUCCUUCCCUAUUCCUUUCUGUUCUUCGGGAAACGAUACGACUGUAGUGAUGCCCAAAGACAGGCCAAGAUCAUCUAUAGUCGCGUCGAUGAUUUCUGCCUGCUUAACCAGUGGAGCAGUCACCAGCGCGUAUUGCUCUCGCAAGCUGCUCUGCAUGCCAAUCGACUGGACUCCGCGAAUCUCAAGCUCAUCAGCUAUGAGCUAUCCAGCAACGAAAACGAAAUCCAAUCGGUGUACGAUAUGCUCAAGGACUUCGCCAGCGACUGGAAUCAAGUAGAGGAGCGGCAGCCGCUGGUGGGCAGGAGAUUUCCCACCAUCCUGGUGGUCGAUGAGCGCCUUGACCAUUUCAACUGGGAGCAGCUAGUCACCGUUCAAGAGUUUACCCGCAUCAAAUCACUGCAUUGUCUAUGGCGCUUGUUUCAGAUUCACAAAUCGAAGAUAAAGCAUGGCUACUUCACUACGAACAUCAAACAAGGCAUGUGUGUUAUAAAUCCGGAUGCGGAUUUGGUCAACUCCAGUCGCAGGCUGCGCAGCUUCUUUGAGUACUGGCUCCCGCAAUGGAAGCAUAUGUUCGAUACAGUGCCCAACGAGGAAGUGAUUUUGAAGCAGGCCUUUCAGGCGGAUUGUUUUGUCUACGCUGGCCACGGUUCUGGGCUGCAGUACGUCAAUGGACGCACGAUUUCUCGAGCCCAAGUUUGCGGCGUGGUCUUCCUGUUUGGUUGCGAUUCCACGCGCAUGUUAGGCACGGGCCUGUACAGCGCUCUGUACGGCGCACAUGAUUAUUACCAUGGAGCGUUAUGCCCCUCGAUAGUGGGCACUCUAAUGCCCGCAUUGGAUGGCAAUAUAGAUACAGUGUCGGCCACAGCCCUGAGUCUUUGGCUGGCUCCCGGCACUAAACAAGUAAUCCCGUGGACGCAAAUAGAUCGAGUGCCUUGGCUCAAAAGUGGCAUUAUUAAAGGAAAGGAGAAAAGCGCGACCACAAUGAGUGUUGAACCCAACUAUCAUCUGGGCAGCCUUUGCUCCAUUAUCUCGCUGGUGCACCAGGGAAAAGUGGAGCCUCAGGUCUACAACUACAGCAUUUAUGUGUGCCGCGGUCUGCCCGCAUGGAAUUUGGCCGUUGAAAAGAUGCCUUUGUAGACUAAAUUGUGUGCUGUGUCGUUGAGUCGAUCUCACUAAGGCAAUUGUUUAGCAAAAGAAACCAUGUACAAUAAUCUUAUUUAAUUGAACUACUUCAUUCAAGUGGAAAGUGGUGCUCAUAAGAUUACAUUAAAAGUCAUAACACUCAGAAUCGUAGGAAUAAAUCAGUACACUAAAAUAUAUUA